AUGAGGAGCCAGCGCACUCAUCCACGACAUAUUAACGACAGAUUUUUCUUUUUGACUCAAUGCCUUGAUGCCCUUUGUCUCUCUCAGAAAUGGCAACGUAUCCGAGAGUUUUGCGCAUCACUCCCCACUGGGCGUCAGAAGUACGUCGGAAACGUGGUGGAGGAGAUGAGAAUAGAUGCUCGACACUCCUGUCUGAUCCUUUUUGCGUACCUUACUGCUGCAGAGCCUAGACUUCGUGGUUCUGAUCCAGGUGAUCCUUUUGUGUCGGACAACAACAGUGCGGAGCCGGCAGAGCUGUUUACGACCUUUCGGCCAACCACAUUCACAAGGACUACAACCAUGUCCUUCACAUCCACGACCACCAGCAACUUUACCAUCACCACCUCAACUUAUACGAGUAUAACAGCCACUAGAACAACCAGUACCACUACCUCCACAAAAGACACAAGGUCCAUUUGGAGCGACGAUAUCAUGUUUCAGGAGAGCUCUGCGCCGCUCUUUACCUUCUACAUGUACAGAGCGGUUUCAGAUAAGGUGUACCCACCGAUGAAUGUGAAUGCUGCGAAUCUCCCUGGUGUCCUGUGGUACCUUCACAACGAAGUGGUAGAGCGAACCCCACGGAAGUUCGGGAUCACGAAAAUCAUUCGACUGAAGGUGCAGACUCGUGCUCCACAGACACUUUGGGAGAAGGGGAUGAACUUUGGUGUCCGCUUUGCCUUUGACAAAGGACAAGCAACUGGACCCUUUGAGUGUGGUCGUGACAAGUAUGGCCCCAAACUCUGUCAAGGCCCCUUCAACAGCAGCUUCGACGUUGGCAUGCACAACGGUAGCGUGGUUGGAGCUUUCGAGUGGGAUACCUAUGGUUAUUUUGUUGGAUGCAACAAGCUAGGACAUUUUCCCUUCCCCAACUACAAGAUCUACUAUCCGGGAGCCGUUUGGUGGAGUCUGCCGGGUCCAUGUCCUUCCAAGAACUACACGCAAUGGACAGACUGGUGUAAAGAGCGAGAGCCCGGUGGCUACUGUGAUCAAACCCCCACCGGACAGGGCAACUGCACCUGGACCUAUGAGGAUGCCGGUGAGAUCACAAUUGAUGAACUUAGCGGCAUUCGGAACUAUACAGAGUUUGUAGAGUCUGGUCGGAAAGAAUACAUGCGAGGACCUGAUCGAGGCAAAGGAUGGACGUGGUGGGAUUCGAAAAGGGACGAGUUGGCCAAUGAAUGGCGCAUCAUGCUGGCGCAGGAGCUCUUCGCCAAAAAGUAUCCGGAUUCCACCCCAGAGUCGGAAUUGCCGGAACCUGAGUGUGACUUCAAGCAAACGAAGUUCUACGAGGACAAAGGCUACUAUAGCGUGGAAUGCCGAACUGCAGUGCGGGGCGAUCCGUGCUACAAUGACGUGAUGUGGGCAAUGAAAACUGGCAUAAAACAGCACCCUGAAUGGUAUCGCGGCCUUUCACCCGAUGCCAGCUUCGAAGAGUUCCAAGCGUAUUUGUACCGUACCAGUCCGGUGGGCCAUUCCUGCCCACCACCCUGCUAAAAUGGAGCUGGAGAGCUCCAAUUAACCAUCGCCCGCACCGUUUUCCAAGAGGUGUGGACUUCUCUAGCUGCCGAGGCGACUUGAAAAUCAUCUCCGGCUGAAUUCGAGUGAAGCUAGUUUUGGGUCAGUACAGGGCCUGCGGCUUCGUUGUGACUUUCCCUCACUUCUCAGAAGCGAGGAGUUAGCCGCGUUUUUCAGUUGGCAGAAUCGUCAGCUGUACCUUCUGUGUGAACCCAUGGCAAUAUUGUGUCCAUUCG